AUGGAGGCGGCGGCACGUGCCGCCGAAGGCCGGGAGGUGGAGGAGGCGGGGGCGCUCGCGCCGGAUCUGGAGGAGAAGCUCAGGUUAGGGGUGACCGUGGUUAAGGGCGGCGGCGGAGGUGACGUCCACUCUGCCAGAGCCAGGCAAGAGAUAAGGGAGAGCUCAUCAGAAAUGGUUGGACUGGGAAGCGACUCAGUCAUGAGGCGCAUGACCACGUCGCAGAACAACUCGCUCCCAGCCGUGGGAGGCUCAACCACACACGUUGACCCACACCUGCCUCCUCCGCAGGCGAUCCAUCCAACCCCUAGGUCCCCUUCUCCCUCCUCCUUCCUCCAAACCCUGGCGCAAACCCUAAUGUCCGCCGCCGUGGACCCUUCGCGCCUCUCCGGCGAGUCCUCGCCGUUGUCCCCCACCUCCUCCGGCUCCUCCUCCCUCUCCUCCUCUGGUGCCGCCGAUGCCGCCACCACCAACCUGGCCCAGACAGGAUCGACCUCCGCCCUCGGCGAUGACACCGACGCCGAUGCCCCCACCUCCCCGCGCGUGGGGAUGUACUUCGAGACCGAGGACGACGCGUACGAGUUCUACAAGGCCUACGCGGCCCGUCUCGGCUUCGUCGUCCGCAAGUCCAACAAGUCCAAGAACUCACGGCACACCGUCACCCGCCGCCUCUUCGUCUGCUCCAAGCAGGGCUUCCGCCAGGAGCCCAAGAAGCCCCAGGACGAGACCGCAGGCUCCGGCGUCGCGUCCUCGUCCUCGCUGGCGCCGGCGCCUCGGUGCCCGGACUCGCGCACAGGCUGCCUAGCGUCGCUCACCAUCAAGCUCAUUCCUUCCGCAAACGCCUUCCUCGUUACGGACUUCGUCGCUGAUCACAACCACCCCCUCGCCUCUUCCGCGCCCGCUGUGUCACUGGCCUUGCUGCCGCCAAGCUCGUCACACCACAGCAUUGCCGCGGCGGCCAGCUUGCCGGACCCAAGGGAUGGGCCGCGGCCUGAUAUGCAUUUUGAGACAGAGGAGGAUGCGUAUGUCUUCUACAACAGGUACGCUGAGCACGUAGGCUUCAGUGUCCGCCGCUCCUACAAGAAGCGGAAGCGAGGGAUGAUAGUGUCUCGGAUUUUUGUUUGUUCCCGCGAGGGUGUCAGUGACCGCACCAAGCAAGAGGGUGGAGCCACAGUCAGUGCAAAUGGUGGUGCAGGGUCAGCAGGCACACCUAGGCCGGGUCCGCCACCAACACGGACCGGAUGCCAGGCGAGAAUGGUGAUCAAGAUCACCCCCUGCCGGACAUACCGUGUAGCAAAGUUUUUUCCAGAGCAUAACCAUCCUCUCGCCAAUCCAGAGAGCGUGCAUAAGCUGCGGUCUCAUAAAAUGAGAGCUCGUGCACAUGAGCUUGGGGCAGGGGAAAUGCAUCGAAGGAAACAAGGGAAGGGUGUGCAGCUUGGGGAUGCUGGCGCAGCAUUGCAAUACUUGGAGGAGUUGCAGGUGUUUGAAAGCUCAAAGAGUUUCAGCAAUGCUUUGAGCCAUUGCCUCUUUGACUGUGAGGAUGAGAUUGAGUUCUUGUCAGCAUGGGAAAAGCUAAUUGAGAAACAUGACAUUAGUGAGAGUGAGUGGCUCAGCAGACUUUUCCUGGUGAAAGAAAAAUGGGCUUUACCUUAUCAGAGAACCAUUUUUUCUGCUGAUAUACUCUCAACUCUUCGUAAGGAUAACAUGAUCAAUGAACUGAAACGAGAGCUCAGUGAGCAAGAAGAUAUCCUGCAGUUCUUCAGGCGUUAUGAGUCUAUUCUGGAAGAGCAUCGAUCAAAGAAAUUGCAUGCUGAUGUUGAUGGCAGCCAGGUUACUCUGCCUAUCCCGUCGUUGCGAAUGCUAAAACAAUCAUCAAAUGCUUAUACACCUGAAGCUUUCAAGAUGUUCCAGGGAGAUAACAUGUGCCGGUUGGCUAGCUUGAUUGCUUCAAGAGCUGCCAAAUCUGAGGAUGUGAUGUCAUACAUCGAAAGUCAGUCAAAUGCUCUUCUGAAACAUCUGGAUGAUAUUCUACAGACAGGCUAUCCUGAUAUGGGAAAUCACACUGUUGCUUCAAGUAAUCAACCAAUUUCUUUUGUAGGCAGCCAACACCCUGAUCAUUCAACACCAGUAGGAGUGGCUGCACAGACAACAAAUGGCCUGAUGGGGCUUUGA